GGCCGCGCGGCCCGAGCGGCACCGCCGACCCGCCCGCCCGCCACCCUACCCCGUUGCAACCGGCCGCUCCCACGGCAUUCCCCCUCAGAUGUUGCAGUGUAACAGGCCGGGGACUGGGAUUCACGGCACCGCGUACACUGACCACAAACUCGGCACCACACCAGUCCCGAGCAACGGCUCCACACUCACGGGCUGCUAGAGCGCGGGUGUCUCUUACGGCAGCGCAAAUGCACCGAUUCUGCACUGGCUGUGCCUGCAGCAACUCUUUCAGGCCUAUGUUGACAUCGACUCCUAGCAUGGGCUGUGUUGCACUGAUACGCUGCACGAUCGAUGCUGCAGCAACUCACUCUGCAAGGCCAAGUUUACACUGACUGCAAGUUGUGUCCACGUUGACUUUGCACGAACUCUUUGCAAGGCCUUUAUGUGCACGAGUCAGGAAGGGCUGUGCUUUCACUUUAUUUACAGCUCUGCAAGGACUAUGUUUCUUCCGACCCUGCGCAGCUUGUGCCAACUCUAACAGCAUAGUCUGUGGUAGUUCGGUUGACUCUGCGAGGGAUGUAUUUCUAUCAACUGUAUAGCCUAGGCCUACGUUCUCUCCGCGAACUUUAUUUACAUCAAGUCCGCACGGGCUGUACUUGCACAAUCUGUGUGAGCCGUGUGGUACUGUCUGUAGGGGCUGUUUCUACACAAACUGCUCGGCCAAUGUCUACUGACCUUUGAUGCUCUUCACAGUGAUUCGGUAUGGACUACAACAACUCUGCACUGGCUGUAUCUGCAUAAUUCCGUAUGGACAGUUCACAAAUACGGCACCAAUUGUAACUACUGAUAGCAUCAGAUGUGUUUUCAUCAAAUUUGUAUAAAUGAUGUCCACACUGAUGCUAUACAGCUUAUACCGACUCUACAGUGUCUCUACACUGGCUCUGAGCGUAUUAUAAACUGAUUCUAUGGCUAUACCUGUAAUGCCUCUGCGUGGACUAUUUUUACACUGUCUGCAUUGACUCAGUACAUUGUGACUAUAUGGACUUUGUGAAUAUUGACUUGGCAUGAACUCAGCUCAUACUGUAUCUAUGCCAAAACUGCAUGGCCUGUGUCCACACCAGCUAAACAUAGGCUGUAUUCAAACUCUGCAUAAACAAUAGGAACACUGAAUCUGUACUGACUGGAGCCUACACCAACACUGCAUGGAUUGUACCCAAAUGGACCUCAACGACAAUGAACCUGCAUGGACGGUUCAGAUCUUGAACAGGCUCUGUUCGUGUUGGCACUGAUUCUCCACGAGCUUGUGACUAUACUGACUUUCUACGAUGUACAUAUGUGGCCACCAAACUCAAACCGUGUUUGCUCUGUGUAUGUUCUGUGCCAUCUCUGCAGAGUCUGAAUGGACUGAGCACCUUCUGAACCUCUUUUAAGUUACUUGGAGUGUUCUCUUGUCUUCAUGGUAUAGUUUUUGCUAGGAUACUGACUCACCAGCAAUUGGACCUUCCAGAUACAGCUGAUAUUUUUCUGCUUUCUGCAUUGGGAACAGAUGGAUGAUUCAACUGUGAAAACCUUUUGGGACAGAGUAAGAAAGAUUUAUUCAGCAUGAAUGACAUCAACCUGAGUCCUGUGGGCAUGGAUCAACUGAGUGCUUCUUCUGUUAGCAGCAACUUGCCCGUAACCACAAGUCACCUGGGCAUGAGUUCACCCACUCACAACUCUCUCCCAACUCCAGGAAUGCCAGUGGCAAUACCAAACCUUAGUCCUUCCUUGGGCACUCUCCCAUCCGCCUUGUCGUUAAUGCUUCCGAUGAGCAUUGGAGAACGUGGAGUAAUGUGCAGCAUUCCAGACCGGAAUUAUACUUUACCACCACCUCCUUAUCCACACUUGGAGAACAGCUACUUCCGGCAUAUUUUACCGGGUAUUUUGUCCUACUUGGCUGACCGACCACCUCCCCAAUACAUUCACCCCACAGCGAUCAGUGUAGAUGGCAGCCCUGGACUGUCUGUCUCCAGCAACCCACCUAGCCUAGAUCAUUAUGAAUCCAGUGGUGGAGUGAGUUUGGAGUCUGGCAUCGUCUCAAUUGACUCAAGACAAGUAGGAACUCAUAGUUCCCAAAAUCUGCACCAGAACAGCAACCCAGAGGUCCCAUUGGAUGCCAGUAUCUCUAUGGAAACAGUUUCCAGAGUAAACAGCCCCAUCUCAGCGGAAGGAAUGAGUGAAGAGAUGACAAUAAGUGGGGUCACAGGAGAGCCACAGACAUUGCCCUCUGGGUCUAGAAGCCAUGAAACAAUAACUGUGGAAUCAGUGCAGAAUAACUUGGAGCCAGAGGCAGUAGUAGGACAGAAUACAGUGAUUCCAAUUCAUGCAAACUCUCUGGAGUUGCCAGUUGUCAUGGAACCGGAGCCAAUGACUGGCCGGGUAAGCAACAUGUCUGAGAAUUCUUUGACUGACUCCAUCCAUCCUGCCACACUGAACCCAAACCCUGGAGGAGUGGCUCUUCCUUCCUCUCACUCCUUAUCUUCACUCGAGCCGGUACCUCUACACGGAUCCAGCCUUGGACUGGACACAGUCUCUGUUUCCACCAUUACAACCGAUGUCUCCAUGAGUUCCAACCAGGUUGAUGUGUCUGCAGAAAACCUUACAUUUGUGUCAGGAUCUCUGCAGAUAGAGGACUCCAGUUCCAAUAAAGAAAACCUCACGGAUUCUUUCACAAUCUGGUGUACUCUGUGUGAUCGGGCUUACCCCGCAGACUGUCCCGAACAUGGAGCCAUGACUUUCAUUCCAGACACUCCAGUUAACAGCCGAGCCAGACUCUCGAUUCCAAGGCAGCUGACCCUCAGGCAGUCCAUUACUGGGGAAGAUGUUGGUGUGUGGAGUCAAGAAGCAAUCCCUGUACGCACCUGUUUUGGACCUUUGAUUGGACAGCAGAUUAACCUAAUGGAAAUCACUGACUGGUCAAGUAAAAGCAGCACCAAUAUCUGGAAAAUAUUUCGCAAUUAUGUUCUGGAAUUCCAAAUAGUCACAGCAGAUGAGAGCAUCUGUAACUGGAUGAUGUUUGUGCACAGAGCCAGGACUCGUGAGGAGCAAAAUUUGGUGGCUUAUCCUCAUAAUGGGAAGAUUUAUUUCUGUACAUCCAGGGAGAUUCCCCCUGACCAUGAGCUACUCUUUUACUACAGUAGGGAUUACUCAAGGCAACUGGGGGUUCCUGAGCAUCCGGAUGUGCAUAUGUGUCAUUGUGGGAAGGCUUAUGGGACGUAUAGUGAACUGAAGUUGCAUCUAAGCAGCCAUGGACAGAAUCGGGAGAGGAAGUGGAAAUGCUCCAUCUGCCCAAGAGCUUUUACCUCCUCUACCAAACUGAAUGUUCAUAUGAUGGGGCACAUGGGGAUGAAGCCACACAAAUGUGAAUUCUGCAGCAAGGCUUUCAGUGAUCCCAGCAACCUGCGAACCCAUCUCAAAAUCCACACGGGUCAGAAAAACUAUCGCUGUGAAAUGUGUGACAAGUCCUUUACGCAGAAGGCUCACCUGGCCUCGCACAUGAUUAUCCACACAGGAGAGAAGAACCUGAAGUGUGAUUACUGUGAAAAAAUGUUCAUGCGGAGGCAAGAUCUCCGUCAACACGUGGUGACCCAUACACAAGAGCGACAGAUCAAGUGUCCAAAUUGUGACAAACUCUUCUGGAGGACAACCCACUUAAAGAAACAUCUGAAUUCUCAUGAAGGAAGAAGGGAUUUCAUUUGUGAAAAGUGUUCAAAAGCAUUCUUAACAAAGUAUCAUUUGACUAGACACCUUAAAAUUUGCAAAGGCUCCAAGACAUGCCUGCCCAUACAAGAUCUAGAGGAAGAGGAUGAUGACGAAGUAGAUAGUGAAGAAGAAUUGUUACAGGCUGGCAGUGGGACUUGCCAUUUAACCAAUGAAGAUUACACCACAGAAGACAGUUCUCAAUAAUACAAGUACUGCAAAUUACUUUAGUGAUUGUCCCAACAAGAUGCAUGAAGCAUAGCUGGGGAUAGAACUUUGAAAAUACGUGUGCUCUUCUAAGCAGAAACCUGUUCUUGAACUUAUUGCCGUUUUCAUUGCUGCAAGAGGUUAAUGGCUGCUCAGAUUUCAGUGUUGUAAAUGAUUGGCAUAAUGGAAUCUAGAAUCCAACUUUUUUUUUACUUAAUUGGAUCAAAUGCAAGAUUGUCACGCCAUAUGGAGCAACAGGAAAUGUUGCAAUAAUAAUGCAACAAUGGUGGGCAGCUUGAAAGUCUGCAUCUGAGCAUCUGUUUGCUCCAUAUUCACUAGCAUGUUUAGUGAGAUUCUAAAAUGAGGACUUCCCAUUCACAGUUUAAACAUCAAAAUU